UGGAUGCUCAAAGCGGGUCUGUACAAUUUGAUAACGCUUUGUCAAAACUGACAAGGACUGGAGACGUUUGGCAGACUGCGGGUAAAUACGCCGUCUCUCAACUUUAAAGUUUAAUUUAACUACGUGUGUGAAGUUCAUUCAAUGUGUCGCCGAGAACGUCGUAUAGCACUUUUGAAGUGCUGCAGUGCUCCGUAGGCAACAGCAUUCAUUUUACACACGGCAGUAAUCAAAUGGAUUUUCGGACCAGCAGUGAAGAUUCUGUCUCCGGGUAUUGAUGUUUUUCACCAGCUAUAGAAAAGGCGAGCAAGUAAUAAUCCAUUGUGAACACAUAAACCUGAAAAUGUGCAGGAUUAAGUGCUGUGUCAUCACCGAAUAUCACUUGUAACUCGUUCAAGUCAGGUUCGGCUUUUCAGACUUAAACGCACAAAAUGUCACAUAAUUGAGUUUCACUAUUUACUCUCUUUUAUACGUAGAGUACAUUUUCUUUCCUGGGCGGAUUUAACUUAUUUUCAUUACUAUAGCGUUCUCCCGGACCCGAAAAAAAAGGUUGUCAACAAAGUUCUUCGCUUUUAGACGCUGCCCUCGUGUCCACUCCGCAGUGCACAUUUCCCCGGCAGCGUCUCGUCAUGCUGCCGGGCUGGUUGUGCCAAGUCUGCCGCAACAGAGCCCGUUGGCACCACCUGCCUUCGCGGUUUUUCAGCUGGUCACCGCGGCAAAUCAGUAGGUGGAACAAGCCGGAGUCCACCGAGUCUUCCCCGCCGGAGAACCCCCGCGUACUCAUCACAGGAGGCCUUGGACAACUGGGCGUUGGCCUCGCUCAGCUCCUGAGGAAGCAGUACGGGACGGAUAACGUGAUCCUGUCAGAUGUAAAGAAACCUCCCGCGGAAGUGUUUAACAGUGGUCCGUUUGUCUACGCGGACGUCCUGGACUAUAAGAACCUGCGGGAGCUGAUCGUGAACAACCGCAUCACCUGGCUGGUGCACUACAGUGCCCUGCUGAGCGCCGUGGGGGAGGCCAACGUGGCCCUGGCCCGCCAGAUCAACAUCACAGGUCUCCAUAACGUGCUGGACCUGGCCCUGGAGAACUGCCUUCGUCUGUUCAUCCCCAGCACCAUCGGUGCCUUUGGCCCCUCCUCCCCGCGUGACCCCGCCCCCGACCUCUGUGUGCAGAGACCGCGCACCAUCUACGGGGUCUCCAAAGUGCACGCCGAGCUGAUGGGGGAGUAUCUCCACCACAAGCACGGCCUGGACUUCCGCUGCUUGCGGUACCCUGGGAUAAUUUCGGCGGACACGCAACCCGGAGGAGGGACCACAGACUACGCCGUGCAGAUCUUCCACGACGCCCUGCGCACCGGCCACUUCGACUGCUACCUGCGCGCCGACACCCGCCUUCCCAUGAUGCACAUCGGCGACUGCCACCGCGCCACGCUGGAGUUCCUGCAGGCGUCCGAGUGCCAGCUCUCCCUGCGCACCUACAACAUCGCCGCCGUGAGCUUCACGCCCGAGGAGGUGGCCCAGGAGAUCCGCACGCACCUCCCCCACCUGAGGGUCACCUACACCCCCGACCUCGUCCGCCAGACCAUCGCGGACAGCUGGCCCAUGCGCUUCGACGACAGCAACGCGCGGCGGGACUGGGGCUGGAAGCCGGUGUUCGGCCUGCCGGAGCUGGUCACCGACAUGCUGGGGACCAUCCGGGAGCAGAGGGCCAGGGAGGACCUGCCGGCCAGGGAGGGUCUACCGGUCAGCUAGCGCCAUAGCCACACUCAGCGUUACCUCAGAACUCACACACACCCUUCACCCUGUACCCUCAGCAUCACCCCUGCACAGACACCCUUCACCCUGUACCCUCAGCAUCACCCCUGCACACACACCCUUCACCCUAUACCCUCAGCAUUACCCCUGCGCACACACCCUUCACCCUAUACCCUCAGCAUCACCCCUGCACAGACCCCCCCCCCCCCCACACCCCCAUAC